UAGAGUUUAUAUAAAUUGUCGAAAAGCUUUAUUUUGAAUUUGGGAGUGUGUAUUCGUUGUUGUGUUGAAUACCCGCUAUCCAUUGAAAUAAGCUAGUUAGUAGUGAACGUGGAACGGGUAGCUGCCGAGGCUGUCGACAGCGCAACGCAGGCGGGACGGCCUCUUGUGUCUCAAUCACAUUAUUAUUUCAAUAUACAGUUAUACCAAAUAAAUGUUACUGAAUACAGACGAAUUUAAAUAAAUUGGAUUAAAAAUACGCCGGUUCAGAUUGUUUACUUUCACAAAAAAGCAAAUCAACCUUUUUGAAAAUAUAGCUUUCAGUAUAAGUGAUCGGUGUCACAUGGAAUGUAGUUGGACAAAAUGAAUGGGGGAGUCAAUGGCAGUAUGGAGGAAGUUAUGGAACUAUCACAUCCUACUUCCCCCAAGGGUAAGGAGCUCAUUUGUGAAGAUAAUGAACAGGACAAUUGCAGUGAGAAGGGCAGCAGCACCGAGUCACGCAAUCAUGUCAACACUGCUGAUGAAAGCACUAUGGAAGAUACAAUAUCUUGCUCAAUAGAGGAUGACAGUGAAAGCAGUGAUAAACUAUGUGAUGUUAGUAUGCCAAAUACAGAAGAAGGAGAAGAUUCUCAAGAAAGUGAAUGUCCUAUUGAAAACCACUGUACCACUAGUGCUGAAGUAAGCCCGGCUGCCGCAGAUACUGAAUCCACUAGAUCUGCUGAUAUAGAGAAUGGUAAAUAUGAAUAUGAAAACAGUGAGACAGAGGAAUUGCCACAUUCAAAUGACAUAGAAGACAAGGAAAUAAGUAAUGAUGUGAAAACUGAAAAAGAGUCAUUAGAUGAAGAUACAACAGUGUCAACAGAAGAGAAGUCUGAAGAUGCAAGUUUAAGUUCAGAUAUACAAAAUGACACUUGUGAUGAUGACUCCUCUAAGGAAAAUGAUACAAAGUUACAAGAAAAUGAUGUAGAAAAUAACAUGGUAGAAAGUAAAGAGAACAUUAAUAGUAAAAAUGGCGAAACCCAAGAUACCUUAACCUUUCAAGGGAUAGAUGGAAUUGAAGAUGCUGAAGUUAUCAUAGAAAAUAAUAUUAAAAUACCAUCUCCUGAGAAUAAAGUACAGUUACGUAGGAGCAGUAGGGCUAUCAAAAGAAAGAGAUAUGAUGAUGAUUUGGAAAAUGGCAACGAUCUCUCAGAUGGAGCAUCCUUAGAAGACAAUUUGAGACGCAAGACUCGACCAAUCGUAAUUAGUGACCCUAAAUCAUUGGUACAAAUGGCUGCAAAACAAAUGAGAAAUGUAUCAAGUCAUCAAAAGAAAGAAACAACGGUUGUUAUCUUGGAUACAAAUACUAUUACAAAACCAAUACCUAUUAAAAACGCAAGUAAUCUCUUAAGUGCACAUAGUUACAUGAAUUAUGUAGGACGGGGUACAUCUAUCACCCCUGUCAGUGCUAAAAGUGCUGCAUCUCUACAGAGCAGUUCUUCAAGCAGCGCACAACCUAUAAUAUUGCCUUCACUUACAGAUGAUAUGUUUGUUGUUGAGGCGCCAUCCUUCAUUGUACCUUAUGUCUAUGAAAAACCAUCAAUAAAGCCUUUUAGAGAGUUUGUUGAUUUGAUGGGGAUUGAAUUAGAGCAAGAGAAAUCCAAGGAAGAGAAAGAUAAGGAGGAAGAUAAAGAAGAAGAUAAAGUAGAAAAUGAAGAAACAAAAGAUGUGAAGGUGGAGGAUGUGGAGAAGAAAACUGAAGAGGAAGAUAUAGCUGAAGAAGAGAAAGAUGCUGAAAAAGAAGAAUUGAAAGAAGAGGAUAUUGAGAAAGAAGACAAAGAAGAGAAAAAGAAAAUCAAAGAAGAAAAGAAAGCAGAAAAAAGAAAGAGGGGAAAUGAUGAUGAUGAUGAUGCAUCUUGGGAUGGUGAAAGCUCCACAGAGUCUGAUGAUGAAGCAGGCAGUGAUGAUGACGAAAAAACAGUAGUGAUCAAAGACAAGGCAGAUUUAAAUGAUGAACUUAAAGACGUCACCAGGUUACCUGUAGACAAGGUUGUUUGUGGAAAAUCUGAUAAUUAUUUUGACUGUUCUCUUGGUAAGUUCUUUAUGGAUAUCGGUCUUAAUCUGGUCCAAGAAUUUGUACAAAACGAUUUACUGAAGCAGCAAAAUAGAAAGCUGGCUAGAGAGAAAAGAGCAGGACAUAGUACAAGGGCCACGGAAUCUUCUAUCGCGUCUUUAACGAAAAACUUAGAGAUAAGCCAAGAAAAGAACAGUCCUUAUAGAUAUAAACAAAAUAAAUGUGAAUUUUGUAGUUUUAAAUCGGAAUCAAUGUUAAUUAUGUUGCACCAUCUGGAGACACCGCAUAUGAAAAACAGUGUCUAUAAGUGUAACUAUUGUUCAUUUGAGAUACGAAGUCCACAUGACAUAUUGUAUCAUAUGGAGGCUGAGCACAAUGUGCGCGGCAAGCUGGAGAGAGCGCCCGCAUACCACCAGUGCGCCAACUGUCCCUUCGAGGACAAUGGCAAGGGAAAACUGGCAAGACAUCUCCUACCCUGCUCGAGGAAGUUCAAACCGGAAACCAAUUUAGCACCACCUAUUGAAUGGGAGCCUCCAGCUAAAAUACCAAAGAUAACGCGAUCGCGCAACAAUAUGAUGGGUACAUACCAGACGGCGUUCAACCGCGGCGGUAUGGGCAUGCGCACGCCUAUGCCUGGAGGGUUGACGUCAGUGGGCGGGGCAGGGGCGUACAGGCCGCGCGGCCGCAGCCCCCUGCUGCCCGCCGCCCGCGCCUCCCUCCCCACUCCCCUGCUCCGUGGCGGCGCCAUCAUACGACAAGGCACACCUUCACUCAUACCUACGAACUUUGCUGUGAAUAACAAGGGUGGAAAAAGCAUGCAGCAUCCGUCGAUCUCAAUAACACCAUUGCCACGGCAGCCGCUGCCAGUUCAGCCCCAGCCGGCGCACCAGAACAAGGGCACCUUCGUCAUCUGCGAAAUCUGUGAUGGUUAUAUUAAAGACCUGGAACAGCUCCGGAAUCACAUGCAGUGGAUACACAAGGUCAAGAUUCAUCCCAAGAUGAUAUAUAACAGGCCACCCCUGAACUGCCAGAAGUGUCAGUGUAGAUUCUUUACAGACCAAGGACUUGAGAGACAUCUUCUGGGGUCACAUGGUCUUGUUACCAGCUCUAUGCAGGAGGCCGCCAAUAAGGGGAAAGAUGCUGGUAGAUGUCCAGUAUGUGGACGGGUAUACCAAUGGAAGUUGCUCAAUCAUGUUGCCCGGGAUCACAAUUUGACAUUGAAACCGGCACAUUUGUCAUACAAGUGUACAGUUUGUACCGCUACCUUUGGCAUGUACAAGCAGUUUGAGAGUCACGUGUACUCGGCGCACAGUGUUGUCGCGAAGCGUGUUAUGGAUAGAAGCAAAAUGGCACCAACAAAGCCCACCAAUGAAUCAUUACUGAAACCACUCAAAAUCAACGAUGAAAUAACUAUAAUACCACAAUCUGCGAAAGCCGCCGCAGCUAAACAGAAAUAAAGAUUCGAGGAAAGCGCGUGGCUGCCUGCGGCGUACGGUAGAGUACAUUCCCAAAUUAGAAUUAUAAUUUAAAUCAAUUGAAAUAUAUUAUAAAGCAAGCGUUACAAAGAAAAUGUUUUCCAAAAUACAA